AAGUUAAACUACACAAUGGCUUCAAACAUAUGUGAUGAAAUUGAAGAGUGCUCACAAGGCACAGGAAAUGAAGAAAUUCAUCACAGAGGUACUGACCAUGAACGAUUGAUUCCAGAAAAUAGGUUGUCUAUACAGCAACCAGAGACCAAAACAAUUCUAACAUACAUCAUUCCAUUCCAGCCAAGAGAUGCGGAUGGCGUUUGUUUUUCAAUGUUUUUAUUUGUUUGUUUUAUGUGUAAUUUUCCCUUUGCCGUUUUGGCAUUCAGAUCAGCAUACCUUGCUAUGAGAAGUUACAGACAUAACGACGAGGUUGGAGAACUUAAACAUGAGUGGUGGACACACGUUUGGAUAUAUUUGGCCUUGAUCUUUAUUCCGUGUUAUAUCUACAUAACAUUGUUCGCUCUUUUAGUAACUUAAUACUAUUUGUAUUCAUACUUGUUUUCAGUACAUGUUUUAUGUGCAUGUAUUUGAUUGAAACAACGAUGACUGUACGUAUGGAGAAAGUCGCGUUGGGAUAAAUUUUGCUAUCAGAGAAACUUCUCGUAAGGUACUUUUAUGCCUAAUGUUCUUUAAAUCAUGAUAGUAUAUAUGAUUUUAUGGAUAUGACAUUUAUUUUAUGUAUAUAAUCAAUCUGUUUUCCUUACCCCAGAACUGCAAAUCUUCUUAUGUUUUCUACGGAAUAGAACAUAAUCUUUGUGGACUUAUUCAUUUUGGUGAAAUCAGAGGUUCACUUAAUAAAAGAAUAUAGGGGUAUAGAUUUAAAAUUAUCAAUUGCGGCCAGCAGCUUUUAUUCAAGCAUUUUAAUUUAUCUGAUCAUUUUUUUUAUUAAUGAAAGUUAGAAUUUCAGAAAAGAUUUACCGUCAUACUUAUAGUCCAUCAUUGAG